UUUACUCCCUGUGACUGUUCUACUAACACUCCAAAUGCCUUUGUGUCCUCAGCAAGGGGACUGCACAGGAAAGGCUUUUACUGGAAUAUCAGUGCAACCGGGACCACAUGGAUUUUUUUUGACGACUCAGCAAGUUGGCAUACGCCGGACACCCACUUUCCUGUCGGGCUUCCUGUUAUGCUUUUCUACUUUUUUUGUUCUGCGUCGCCAAGGCUGACUUCCUACUUUUAACCACAGGGGCAAUGGCUCAGCUGCAGAGACGUUUGCAAACCCGCCGCAGCACAAUCAACUGCCUGUCAAAAGGUGGGAAGGACAAGAAGACAUUUCCGUUUUCUCAGCAGAACGCAGUAAAAGCGUGGAGUUCCCUAGAAAGCCUAGAUGUUCCUGAGUGCCCUACUGGUGAAGAGAAACCAAGCCAGCCACAUAACAACAUCAAGGUUAAUGUUGGCGGCAAAGUUUUCCACAUCCCCAAAAAGUGUGCCUUGAGAUAUCCUCACACCCGCAUUGGCUCCCUCGCAGCCAGCACAGACAAAGCACGACUCAUCACUCUCUGCGAUGACUACUCUGUUAAAAAUAAUGAAUUUUUUUUUGACCACGACCCUGCUUUUUUCCACCACAUCUGCCAUUUUUAUGCCAGUGGAGAGCUGUGGGUCAUCAGGGAAAUGUGCCCAUUUAACUUUGAGGAAGAGAUUGCAUACUGGGGCUUGAGCCUGAAGGACAUCAGACGCUGCUGCUGCAUGGUGUUUGAGGAAAAGGUGGAUGAAAUGAAGGAUAACCUGAAGGUAGAAAGGGAACUCAUGGCUGAGAUCGAAGUCAAAUACGACGACGAGUUAUUCAAGGGCAUGAUGUUUGGAGAGAUUCGGAAACACUUGUGGAACAUUGUGGAGAAUCCCUACACUUCAAUGUGGGCAAAAGCGUUCAGCGUGGUAUCCAACCUCUUUGUCCUCUUUUCUAUCAUGGCAAUGUCUCUCAACACCGUGGAGGAGCUCGAAAACUAUUGCGUUUGGGGCAAAACCCACAUGGAUUGGGUGGAGAUCGUCACCAUUGUGUUCUUUGCUUUGGAGUAUUUAAUUCGCCUUGCCACCACGCCAAACAUAAAACUAUUCUUGAAGAGCGGGCUCAACUUUGUAGACAUGGUGGCAGUUAUGCCUUAUUUUGCCCAGAUCAUCUUGGAAGCCGCUUUUGGUACAGAGGACGGGAACACACCCAAAGACCUUAAGACCUUGGCGAAUGUCAGCAAGUUAAGUCAUGUCCUAAAAGUGGUUAAACUGUUAAGAAUAUUUCGCAUUUUGAAGCUGGCUCGCCACUCAACUGGCAUGAGGGCCUUUGGGUUCACCCUUCGCCAGUGUUACCAGCAGGCCUCUUGCAUAUUGCUCUUUAUCGCCAUGGGAAUCUUCACUUUCUCUGCUCUUCUGCAUUCGGCCGAGAGGGAAACAGAGGAUUCUCCCAUUAGCAGUAUACCGUACGCUUGGUGGUGGGCUGCAGUCAGCAUCUCCACCGUGGGCUAUGGUGACGUAGUCCCUGUGACGAUCCUGGGUCGCAUAGUGGCCUUUGGCUGCAUCUCAUUCGGAAUCAUACUGAACGGAAUGCCCAUCUCCUUUCUUUUCAACAAAUUCUCAGAUUACUAUGCCAAACUAAAAGCCCAAGAGUACAACACGAUAUCAGUUCAACGCCGCUUGCAGCUCAGAAGGCGCCUUCGACACAGGAUGGGCAAGUGCUCUCGUGCUGCAGAGGAGGAGGACAGUCAUUCUCAAGCAUCCAAAGACAUUCCUCAGCCUACAGGCGGUUGAGAAGCACAGUUGAAACUAGAGUUUUACCAGUGCCUGUAGAUGAAAGGAAACUGGCGUGAUGUCCAAAAUAUCUCAAACAGCUACAAGGGAUAGACUGCCUUGUAACUGCAUAAACUAAAAUGAGCAUGGAAAUUUACACUCCUUAUUAGGAGUUUUAAAAGAUGAGACCACUGGUAAAAUAAGUCCUGUUUGGGAUAGAUUAACAAAUAACUAUUACAUUACAGCCAAACACAUCUGAUCUUUCCUCAGGGCGUGGCGGUAACCUUAUUGACUUAUUGAGCCCCAUUUUACUAUUAUUUAAACAUAGCCCUAUAAAUUCAUUAUUCAUCCGCAGACUUAGGAGCCUGCAUUGUAUUAAUGUAGUGUCUGUUUUACAUGACUAUACUACACCUACUAGUAGAACAAUAUUGUUCCUAACAAUAACAUGUCAUACUGAAUGCUAUCACUGGUCAACACAUGCCUUAAUAGUUCAACUGUAUCAAUAUUGUAGCCCAAACACAAUCUCAGGAAGUUGUCAGGUUGACUGCAAGUUCUCUUUAUGGCACUUUUCCAUUUCACAACAACAAUGACUCAGCUUUUCCCAUAUGUGGCCUAAAUUCAAGCCCAUUUGUUGUGUUCGGUCACUUAAAGAUUGCAUUAUGUGUAAUGUGGGCAGAAGAAAUGCUCUGUCAUGCUUGGGACACAGUUGAAAGGCUGUGAUCUGAAUGCAACUGAGAGUGAAUAAAAAGAGUGUCCAGCAUACAAGACGUCCUCCUUAUCUACAGUGACCACAACACCAUUGCAGAUGUGCCUUUCCCCUUCCUGCUCAAUUCUAGUAUUGAGAUAAACAUUUUUUUCCUUUUAAUACUAAAUUACUGUAUACAGUGAUCCCUAAUUUUUUUGCGGUUAAAUGGACAGUACUUAUAUGGCGCAUUUAUCUGCAUGGUUACCAUGGCCAACGCGCUUUACAUUAGCACACAUUGUGGGCAGUCAUAGCCGGGAAUCGAACCACUGACCCUUCGGUCUAAGGACAACUCCAGCUACCAACUGCGCCACGGCCGCCGUUAAUGGAGACCAGAACCCGCCACGAUAAGUGAAGAACUGCAAAGUAGCGCCCCCCACCCCCCCAAAAAAAUUGGGGUUGAAUUUUUUUUUAAAAAUUAUUAUUAUUAUAAUUUAUAAUUUAUUCAGAUUUAGCAUUGGAAAGAGAUACAUACUGUAUAAGACGUUUUUCCCCCACUUUUUCCCCAAAACAUAAUUUUAAAAAAUUAUAUAUUUUAAUGAAUGGUUUUUAAGCAUUUCAAAUGUAAUAAGUAUGAUAAGUUUUAAAUAUGUUACUGUCCCACCAAAUUAUCUUUAAACAAGAAUAAAUUACUGUAGUAGAAAAAUGCUUGGCUUUAUUAAAUGCUUCAUUGAGUGAGUCUACUCAAAUCCUCUAACUUACACACAAUGAGUUGCCACAGCAACUGUUUAACAAGUUAAACGAUGAUUGACACAUAUGGCGCUUUUGAAGUUCGUGACUCUGGCAAGAUCAAACACAAACACUGUCAACAUUGUUAACUUUAAUGAGCAACUCCAGUGCAGUGCCUGACAAACAAAGAGCAGGGAGAGGGAGGGAUGGUGGGAGCAAGAGUGAGACUACGUGAUCGAUGAGGGCCAUCUCAUCUGUAUUUUUUUUUUUUUUUUUUUUAAAUUGAAUAAAACAUCCGUGAUAGACUGAGGGCGCGAAGUUUGAAGCGUGAAGUAGCGAGGGAUCACUGUACUCAUUUGACUGAAAAGCAAUCGCUAUCGUGCCUUGGUCAGACACUGCUUAACUCAUUGUCCGCCAUUGAUGGCACUAGACGUCCAAUCCAUUUAAAGUGGGAGGGCUGGGAACCAUCCUCGCACUUCAAAUGGAUGUCUACUAGUAAUGAACUCAUUGAAAUUUACAGCAGAAAGAUGAGUGGACACCAUACGAUUGGAUGUCUAUUAUUAUUUUGGGAAGGGCAAAAAGUGCUCCUUUUUUUCACGGCGUUGUGAGCUGGUGACCGUUUUGGGUAGAGCGGCCAGGAGUUGCAAAAUAGAUCUCUAAAAGUACGAAUUGCACAGCACCUCCCCGGUGACGUUAUUUUAGUGCUGUGUUGGUACCGAUACUAGUAUCGGUGCAACACUAUUUUAAAUUAUUUAAAAUGUAUUUAUUUUAAUUUUAAUCCCCUGAAAAAAUUAAUCCUUGAGGAAAGACUGUGCACCAACAGUCUUACUCUAAACAAGUCCAAACUUUAUUCUCCGAGGGCUGCUUUCAGAAAAAUCGAAGGGUGCGAUGGCGAACUUAAAAUCCAAAUCUUUCGAUGUUACUCUGAACCAUCGUAGUGACCUAUAUUUAAUGUCACUUUCACCAAAGCAAAUUUUUUUUCCCAACAAAAUAUUAAUUUUAAUUGUACUUUGUUUCUAUGUGUAUAGUAAACAGUUACAACUAUUAUAUACUAUUAACAAAAUAUACAUAACUAUUAUAUAUUACUAUAUAGCUACUCACAACUAUUAGUUUUUCUCAUUUGUUUUGGUAAAUUUCUCG